CUGAGUGCCCCCGCGGCCCCCCUUCCUGCUCCGGGUGAAAACUGAGAUUGUGACGAGAAGCAACCAUGGAGGGAGAACGCUGGAUGUAUUAGCUAGUAUGCUACUUUAGGGCAUUUUUUCAUUCUUUCGUUUUUUCCUGCACACAACAAAGCGCCUCAUUGUGCUGAUAUCCGUUUUGUACUUUAUGUGCUGAGAAAACGUCGUAAACUUCUACAUUGAAACAUAUAAAGACAGUCUGACCGCGUACAGUUAACUAGCACAACCCGACAAAAGUUAGCCUGCUCCGGCUAACUUAGCCUGUCUCAGCUAGCAAGAGAGGACAAAAACAGGCUUGUGGAUAAGGAGUUAGGGUUGAGAAGUGGCGCUGCGGCGUAAAGUAACUAGUAAUGCUGCCUCCCGGGAUUAACUUCAGAUACGGAUGAGAAAGAAAUCGGCAAUUGGGGAACACCGAGGCGAGAACAACUGCAAGGAGCCAGUGAACCACUGAGAUGUUGGGGUUGAUUCACGGCUCUGGCACCCCGCCUGAGUCCCGAGGUUGGCCACACUCUGUGCUGUGGAGGCUCGGGGGCUUCUUGUUCCUCCUGCUGCUGGAUGGAGCAGGCUGCCUCGCCAACCCGAGCAGCACUAAUGGCGUCAGCAGCCAGCCCAGUGUCAACAUAUACAUGAGUGUUGACGAGGUGAAGAAGCUGUUGGGCCUAGACGCAGAGCUCUACUAUGUGCGAGACGAUGUGGUGAAUGAAUAUGCUCUCUCCUUCACCCUGCCUGUGCCCAGUGAGACCAGCAGCCUUCACUUCUCAUGGCAUUCCAAGACAAAGGUUGACUACCGGCUUGGUUUCCUUAUGGACAACCCUGUUGCCAUGAACCAACCACGGAGCAACAUCUCUAGUCAGGGGGAGGUGCCCCAUGUUCCCUCAGUCUUUAGAGUGGACCUCUUCUGUUCCGGCAAGGUAGAUGGAGAAGCGGUUUUAACAGUGCAGCUCAAUCUGACCGUCCAUGCCAACAACUACACAGUGCUCAACUUUAAGAGGAGGAAAAUGUGCUAUAAAAAAAUAGAUUCUGAACCAAAGACUCCCAGUCCCCACAACAAUACCACUCUUCCACGGCCUGAUUAUGAUCCCCCCACCACCUCCACACAGGUAUUCUACAUAAGUGUUAGCGUCUGCUGCAUUGUCAUCUUCCUCGUGGCCAUCAUCCUGGCCAUCCUGCACCUUCACAGCAUGAAGAGAGUGGAGAUGGAGGACAGUGUGAGUGACAGUGGGAGCUCACAGGGCCUGUCUCAGCCAUCCACCCAGACCACACAGUACCUGAGGGCUGACACGCCAAACAACGCAGCCCCAGUCACCAACAAUCACCCUGGUUCUGCACCCAUUCUCCAGCUUGCUGCCUCCUCCUUCCAAAACCCUGGUGUUCCCCCUCAUGAAACUAAAAGUUACCCAUCUCUCCGCAUUGAGAAGAAUGACCUGAGGAGUGUUACUCUAAUGGAGGCCAAAGCUAAAGUUAAAGACAUUGCCAUCUCAAGGGAGAGAGUCACAUUACGGGAUGUCUUGCAUGAAGGCACGUUUGGCCGCAUCUUCCACGGUGUGCUCCUGGAUGAAAAGGACCCCAGUAAGGAAAAGCAGGUCUUUGUGAAGACAGUGAAAGAUCAUGCGUCUGAGGUGCAGGUGACCAUGAUGUUGACUGAGAGUUGCAAGCUGCGUGGACUUCAUCAUAGAAAUCUGUUACCCAUAAGCCACGUGUGUACGGAGGACGGGGAGAAGCCCAUGGUGCUGUUGCCUUUCAUGGCUUGGGGGAAUCUUAAGCUGUUCCUGCGGCAAUGCAAGCUAGCUGAGGCUAACAACCCACAGGCGAUCUCUCAGCAAGACUUGGUUUACAUGGCCAUCCAGACAGCGUGUGGAAUGAGCUACCUUGCUCGCAGGGAGGUCAUACACAAAGACCUCGCUACCAGGAACUGCGUCAUUGACGACAACAUGCAGGUGAAGAUUACAGAUAAUGCCCUUGCCCGAGACCUAUUUCCCAUGGACUACCACUGUCUGGGGGAUAAUGAGAACAGGCCAGUCCGCUGGAUGGCCCUGGAAAGCUUGCUCAACAACGACUUCUCUAGUGCGAGUGACGUGUGGGCCUUCGGAGUGACGCUUUGGGAACUGAUGACUCUGGGUCAGACCCCCUACGUCGAUAUCGACCCCUUUGAGAUGUCAGCCUACCUGAAGGAUGGUUACAGAAUAGCACAACCAAUCAACUGUCCAGAUGAACUGUUUGCAGUGAUGGCUUGUUGCUGGGCCCUGGACCCGGAGGAGAGGCCCAAGUUUCAGCAACUUGUUCAGUGUCUCACAGAGUUCCACGCAGCGUUGGGCGCUUACGUUUGAAAACAACUAUUUCAUUUGACCAACAACAGCAACACUAAAGGCUGGUGGACACUAUCCAUGAGGAAUACAUGAACAUGUGCCUUAUCAGAUGAAAGAGCAGACUAAAGGCUGAUGAUUUUAUUUUGUAAAAUUCUUUUGAAGUUUUUAUAUAGUUGAUUUUCCUUUUUACAGCAUAGCAGAGUAAAAGGAUUAUUUGUUGGAUAUUGUUUCAUAAGCUUUGAAAGCGUCUAGAAUUGGCAGUUAUUGUGCUCUUUCCGUGCAUUCCCACACAUUUUUGUGUCAUUUGACAAAUAUUUUUAAGAUUUGCCCCUCUAACAACCUGGUUUUAAAGACAGUAUUUUCUACAUUUUUGUAACUUAGUGAAGCAGUGAACAUUUUAGAUGUGAUGUGGAGGAGAGAGCUUUACAGCAGAAUGAUUUAGGUACCAAAGUAGACAAAAGGCCUUUAUGUGUAUACGCAGCCAUACUCUCCAACAUGCUGCUUGACUCUGCUACGGGGAGCUUGGUACAAGAGGCCUCCUGGAAACGAGAUGAUUUCUUAACAGGUGGUACACGGUUACCUCUGGAUGACACUAGAAACUGUGCCACAGAUGAGAUGAGACAUAUGGAUGCCAGAGCUCGUACAAGAUCAGCAUCGCAAAGCUACAUAUAUGACUUUGAUUUUUAAACAACAUCCAGGGUGUUUUGGAUACUUAAUAUUUGAAUGCCACCACCUUCUUUCUCAUUAGUACAUUUUUAUUUCCAGUAUUUAAAUUCACAACAGAAUGAUCAUUAUGUCUUUAUUUUAUAAGCUUGAUUGUUCUGCGUCAGAAUACAGCGCUUCACAGGAGUUUUUGACUGAGGUCUGUGAGUAACUAGAAGGCUAAUAAUCACUGUGAACACACAAAACCAGCUUGGUCUAAUCUUAUUCCUACACCUUUAACAAACCUUUGUGAUGUGUCUCUAUGGUCACUGCAUGUUGAGUUAAGGUUUUAAACUGCUUCCCAAUUUCAUAUCCACAAAUUAAAUGGGAUUUUUGAA